AUGGCUGACGAAGACCCGAUGACGCAACAGGAAUAACUGAAAGACGAUGGGGCUGAACCAUAUGGAAAAUUUCGAAUAGCUAAGCAAACUUUAUGUUCGAUUGCAUAUAUGUGCUAAGAAAGAGUGUUUGCUGAGGAAGUAGACAAACUAGAAGAAUUAGGAGAGAAGUUGAUAGAGGUAUUAGAUGUUUCUAAUAUGAUAGGAAGGGCUUUGUACAGAUUUCAAGUAGGGUUUGACCAUGCAAGACCAAGCAGAGAGAGAGAGAGCAUUUGGACACAAUAGAAAACCAAAAAUUGAACCUAAAGGGUAUUGUGAAUUGUGGUUGGGUGCAUUGAAUGAUUUUACAAUGAAAGUUUUAUGUGUAGCAGCAGUGAUCAGUAUUAUCGUUGAUGUUACAACUGCUGAUGAGAGUUACAGGAAAAUAGCUUGGAUUGAAGGUAUUUAAUAAAAUUAAAAAAAAUAGGAUUUGCAAUAUUGGUGGCAGUGAUUAUAUCUACAAAUGCAAAUGCUGUAAAUGAUUAUCAAAAAGAAAGACAAUUUUAAAAAUUGAAUGAAGUUGCUGAUGAGAGAAAGAGAGUGACAGUAGUUAGGAAUGGAAAGNUAUUUGCAGUAUUUCUUAAUCAAUUUGUUAAUUUCUUAUUGUCAAUUUGUUUAAAAUUGAUUCUGUAAUCUUCUUAAAGAUAAUCAACUAUAAAUUGA